GCCGGCCCUUAUCCGCAGCCGCAGCCGCAGCGACGGCAGCCACUGGAGCCGCCGCGCAUUAUGCAAAGCGGCGGCAGAUGCGAGCGGGGCCAGCUGGGCGCGCGUCGGCCUCCCCUCCCAGCGGCUCGCCCCGCCGCCGCCUGACUCUCCCGGGAGACUCCCUCGGCCCGGACCCGGGGUCGAGGAGGGCCGGGAUGGCCUGAGUGCCCGCGGCUCGGCGGCGCAACAGCGGGAUUACACCAUGGGGAACCAGGAUGGGAAGCUGAAGAGGAGCGCAGGUGAUGCUUUGCACGAAGGCGGCGGCGGCGGUGGCGCCGAGGAUGCGCUGGGGCCCAGGGAUGUGGAAGCCACAAAGAAGGGGAGCGGGGGCAAGAAGGCGCUAGGCAAGCACGGCAAGGGGGGAGGGGGCGGCGGCGGGGAGUCGGGCAAGAGGAAGAGCAAGUCGGACUCCAGAGCCUCGGUGUUUUCCAACCUGCGGAUCAGGAAGAAUCUGUCCAAGGGGAAAGGCGCCGGCGGCUCCCGCGAAGAUGUGCUGGAUUCCCAGGCCCUGCAGACCGGGGAGCUGGACAGCGCUCACUCCCUGCUCACCAAGACUCCGGACCUCAGCCUCUCGGCGGACGAGACCGGCCUGUCGGAUACCGAGUGUGCGGACCCUUUUGAGGUGACCCGUCCAGGGGGUCCUGGGCCUGCCGAGGCUAGGAUCGGGGGCCGGCCGAUCGCCGAGGAUGUGGAAACUGCAGCAGGGGCGCAGGAUGGACAAAGGACCAGCUCGGGCUCGGACACGGACAUCUAUAGCUUCCACUCGGCUACGGAGCAAGAGGAUUUGCUUUCAGACAUCCAGCAGGCGAUCCGCCUGCAGCAGCAGCAGCAGCAGCUCCAGCUCCAGCUCCAGCAACAGCAGCAGCAGCAGCAGCAGCAGCAGCUCCAGGGCGCCGAGGAGCCUGCAGCGCCCCCCACCGCCAUCUCCCCUCAGCCCGGGGCCUUCCUGGGCCUGGACCGGUUCCUGCUGGGGCCGAGCGGCGGGGCUGGGGAGGCCCCGGGCAGUCCGGACACCGAGCAGGCUCUGUCCGCGCUCUCCGACCUGCCCGAGAGCCUGGCCGCCGAGCCCCGGGAGCCCCAGCAACCGCCGUCCCCCGGCGGCCUCCCGGUCUCCGAGGCGCCCAGCCUCCCGGCAGCCCAACCCGCGGCCAAAGACUCGCCCUCCUCCACGGCUUUCCCAUUUCCCGAGGCCGGGUCGGGGGAGGAAGCGGCCGGAGCCCCCGUGCGAGGGGCUGGGGACACGGAUGAGGAGGGUGAGGAGGAUGCUUUUGAGGAUGCGCCCCGGGGCUCUCCGGGGGAGGAGUGGGCCCCGGAGGUGGGAGAGGACGCCCCGCAGAGGCUGGGGGAAGAGCCGGAGGGGGAGGCGCAAGGACCUGACGCCCCCGCGGCCGCUUCCCUGCCCGGCAGCCCCGCGCCCAGCCAGCGCUGUUUCAAGCCCUACCCGCUCAUCACCCCCUGCUACAUCAAGACCACCACCCGGCAGCUCAGCUCUCCCAAUCACUCCCCGUCUCAGUCCCCUAAUCAGAGCCCCAGGAUCAAGAGGCGGCCGGAGCCCUCCCUGAGCCGAGGGUCCAGAACUGCCCUGGCCUCCGUAGCCGCCCCAGCCAAGAAGCACCGGGCCGACGGCGGCCUUGCGGCCGGCCUGAGCCGCUCGGCUGACUGGACGGAGGAGCUGGGCGCCCGCACGCCCCUGGCGGGAGGCUCCGCGCACCUGCUGGAGCGCGGAGUGGCCAGUGACAGCGACGGUGGGGUGUCCCCAGCACUGGCCGCCAAGGCGUCUGGGGCGCCCGCGGCUGCGGAUGGCUUCCAGAACGUGUUCACAGGGCGAACGCUGUUGGAGAAGCUGUUCAGCCAGCAGGAGAACGGGCCUCCAGAAGAAGCAGAGAAGUUUUGCUCCCGGAUCAUUGCCAUGGGUCUUCUCCUUCCUUUUAGUGAUUGCUUCAGGGAACCGUGUAAUCAGAAUGCCCAGACGAAUGCAGCUUCAUUUGAUCAAGAUCAACUUUAUACCUGGGCUGCAGUUAGUCAACCCACACACUCGUUGGACUAUUCAGAAGGGCAGUUUCCUAGGCGAGUCCCAUCCAUGGGGCCACCAUCCAAACCUCCCGAUGAGGAACACAGGCUCGAGGAUGCUGAAACAGGAUCUCAAUCUGCUGUUUCAGAAACUCCCAAAAAACGCUCGGAUGCUGUCCAGAAGGAAGUUGUUGACAUGAAGUCUGAGGGACAGGCCACUGUAAUUCAGCAGCUGGAACAGACUAUUGAGGAUCUGAGAACCAAAAUAGCUGAACUAGAGAGGCAGUAUCCUGCCCUGGACACAGAGGUGGCCAGUGGUCGUCAAGGGCUUGAGAAUGGAGUAACAGCCUCAGGCGAUGUGUGUCUCGAUGCUCUCAGGUUAGAAGAAAAGGAAGUACGGCAUCAAAGGAUUUUAGAGGCGAAAUCGAUACAGACUUCCCCGACGGAAGAGGGCGGGGUACUGACGCUGCCUCCUGUGGAUGCGCUGCCAGGCCGUCCUCCAUGCCCCCCUGGGGCUGAGAGUGGACCUCAGACAAAGUUUUGUUCAGAGAUUUCUUUGAUUGUGUCUCCAAGGCGAAUAUCAGUCCAGCUCGACAGCCAUCAGCCCACACAGAGCAUCUCACAGCCUCCACCACCUCCAUCCCUUCUGUGGUCUGCUGGUCAAGGACAGGCUGGGUCACAGCCGCCCCAUUCUUCUCUUUCUACCGAGUUUCAAACCAGCCAUGAACACACUGUUUCCUCCGCCUUUAAAAACAGCUGUACCAUCCCAUCUCCACCACCUCUGCCUUGCACAGAGUCCUCCAGCUCCAUGCCUGGCCUGGGCAUGGUGCCUCCCCCACCUCCCCCUCUCCCUGGCAUGACAGUGCCUACUCUGCCCAGUACAACCAUUCCCCAACCUCCUCCUCUGCCGGGUAUAGAAAUGCUGCCACCCCCUCCCCCUCCUCUUCCCGGAGUGGGCAUACCCCCUCCACCCCCACUUCCCGGAGCGGGAAUACCCCCUCCGCCCCCACUUCCCGGAGCGGGCAUACCCCCUCCGCCCCCACUUCCCGGAGCGGGCAUACCCCCUCCGCCCCCACUUCCCGGAGCGGGCAUACCCCCUCCGCCCCCUCUACCCGGAGCGGGCAUACCCCCUCCGCCCCCUCUACCCGGAGCGGCAAUACCCCCUCCGCCCCCUCUACCCGGAGCGGCAAUACCCCCUCCGCCCCCUCUACCCGGAGCGGCAAUACCCCCUCCGCCCCCUCUACCCGGAGCGGCAAUACCCCCUCCGCCCCCUCUACCCGGAGCGGCAAUACCCCCUCCGCCCCCUCUACCCGGAGCGGCAAUACCCCCUCCGCCCCCUCUACCCGGAGCGGCAAUACCCCCUCCGCCCCCUCUACCCGGAGCGGCAAUACCCCCUCCGCCCCCUCUACCCGGAGCGGCAAUACCCCCUCCGCCCCCUCUACCCGGAGCGUCAAUACCCCCUCCGCCCCCUCUACCCGGAGCGGGAAUACCCCCUCCGCCCCCUCUACCCGGAGCGGGAAUACCCCCUCCGCCCCCUCUACCCGGAGCGGCGAUACCCCCUCCGCCCCCUCUACCCGGAGCGGCGAUACCCCCUCCGCCCCCUCUACCCGGAGCGGGAAUACCCCCUCCGCCCCCUCUACCCGGAGCGGCAAUACCCCCUCCGCCCCCUCUACCCGGAGCGGGAAUACCCCCUCCGCCCCCUCUACCCGGAGCGGCAAUACCCCCUCCGCCCCCUCUACCCGGAGCGGGAAUACCCCCUCCGCCCCCUCUACCCGGAGCGGCAAUACCCCCUCCGCCCCCUCUACCCGGAGCGGGAAUACCCCCUCCGCCCCCUCUACCCGGAGCGGCGAUACCCCCUCCGCCCCCUCUACCCGGAGCGGGAAUACCCCCUCCGCCCCCUCUACCCGGAGCGGGAAUACCCCCUCCGCCCCCUCUACCCGGAGCGGGAAUACCUCCUCCGCCCAUUCUACCUGGUGCUGGGAUUCCCCCACCUCCUCCCUUGCCAGGUAUGGGGAUUCCACCUGCUCCAGCUCCCCCACUCCCUCCACCUGGGACAGGAAUCCCACCGCCCCCUCUGCUUCCUGCAUCAGGCCCUCCACUCCUCCCACAAGUUGGGAGUAGCACUUUACCAACCCCACAGGUGUGUGGAUUUCUUCCUCCUCCAUUGCCAAGUGGCUUGUUUGGAUUAGGGAUGAAUCAGGACAAAGGGAGUAGGAAGCAGCCCAUAGAGCCUUGUCGACCAAUGAAGCCUCUUUACUGGACCAGGAUUCAACUACAUAGUAAAAGAGACUCCAGUACUUCACUUAUUUGGGAAAAAAUUGAAGAGCCAUCCAUAGAUUGUCAUGAAUUUGAGGAAUUAUUUUCUAAAACUGCUGUAAAGGAGAGAAAGAAACCUAUCUCUGAUACUAUCUCAAAGACGAAGGCUAAACAAGUUGUCAAGUUAUUAAGCAACAAAAGAUCACAAGCAGUUGGAAUACUAAUGUCUAGUCUUCAUUUAGAUAUGAAAGACAUACAACAUGCUGUUGUGAACUUGGAUAAUUCUGUGGUUGACCUGGAGACCCUUCAAGCUCUCUAUGAGAAUAGAGCACAGUCAGACGAACUCGAAAAAAUAGAAAAGCACGGCCGAUCUUCCAAAGACAAGGAAAAUGCCAAGUCUCUGGACAAACCUGAACAGUUCCUUUAUGAACUGUCACUAAUCCCCAACUUUUCAGAGCGAGUCUUUUGCAUCCUGUUCCAGUCCACGUUUUCAGAAAGCAUUUGCUCAAUUCGUCGCAAACUGGAAUUACUACAGAAAUUGUGUGAGACAUUAAAAAAUGGCCCAGGGGUUAUGCAGGUUCUAGGUUUGGUUCUUGCCUUUGGCAACUACAUGAAUGGAGGAAAUAAGACUCGAGGACAGGCGGAUGGCUUUGGAUUAGACAUUCUUCCAAAACUGAAAGAUGUCAAGAGCAGUGACAAUAGCAGAAGCCUUUUGUCAUAUAUUGUUUCAUAUUAUCUCCGAAAUUUUGAUGAGGAUGCUGGAAAAGAACAGUGCCUCUUUCCACUGCCGGAACCCCAGGACCUUUUUCAGGCCUCACAGAUGAAGUUUGAAGAUUUUCAAAAAGAUCUCAGAAAACUGAAGAAAGACUUGAAAGCCUGUGAAGUUGAAGCAGGGAAAGUAUACCAGGUCUCCUCAAAAGAGCAUAUGCAGCCUUUCAAGGAAAACAUGGAACAAUUUAUUAUUCAAGCCAAAAUUGACCAAGAGGCAGAGGAAAAUUCACUGACAGAGACUCAUAAAUGCUUUUUGGAGACCACGGCAUAUUUCUUCAUGAAACCAAAACUUGGAGAGAAGGAGGUGUCCCCCAAUGCUUUCUUCAGUAUCUGGCAUGAAUUCAGCUCUGACUUUAAAGACUUCUGGAAGAAAGAGAAUAAACUUCUUCUACAAGAGAGAGUAAAAGAAGCCGAAGAGGUGUGUAGACAGAAGAAGGGGAAAUCACUUUAUAAAAUAAAACCAAGACAUGACUCUGGAAUUAAAGCAAAGAUAAGCAUGAAAACUUGAACAAUGAAAAGCAGAAUGAAAAUGAGUCAUUGCAACGUGUUUCACAAAAUUCAGCUGACCUGAGGGUGGGAGGGAAACUACCGUCAUUCUGCUUGUUUCUUCUUGACCUCUUGCAUAAUCUUUUUGUUUUCUAGACAGUUCACUAAUUGUUGAAUUUUACUGUAUAUUCAUAUAAAAAUGAAAAAGUACUA